AUACAAGAAAAAAUCAAUAUAAUAAUUUAUUUUAUGAUUUAAUUAAACGUUCAAUGCAACAAGAAGAGAAUAAACAAUCACUUGCAGAUGGAAAAAAAUAUGAUUUGUUAAUUCAAACCUUAGAGCAAGAAUAUCUUGAGAAGCCAC